AAACGACUGAGAAACUAAUGGCUGUUGUUCGAGAGUGAGAAGAUUCAGAGUCAAUGAAGAAACUGGUGGGGGUUUGAUGAUUCCUGAAGCAGAGAAGGACAUGGAAGAACGAGAAGAUUCAGAUGGGUUCUGGAAUUCAAAUUAUUGCAGUUGGUGGUGAAGCUUGAAGGUCUGGUGGUGCUUUUGAUGUACAGAAUUAGGGUUCUUGGCUCUGAAUUGAUUGAUGUCGUGAAAGAGAAGAUGGUUCUGUUUAAGGGUUUGAGAGAAUUAGAUAUAUCGAGAAAGAAUCGAUGUUCCUGACUCGAUUUCAUGGUGAUUUCAGCCAAAGAAGAAAGGGGUUUUGCUGGAAUUUGAUUUUUAUGGCGGUCUCUGUGUUGAACUCGUGAAAGGAAGAGGAAUUAGAAGGUGGGUCUGGGAUGUUGAUAAAUUUAAGAACUUGGGUUUAUCUUGGAUUCCAAGAUGGCAGCAGAUGGACUCGAAAUUGUGAUGUGAUUUCAACACAGAAGGUUGAGGAAGAAAUUGGGGGUUCUGAAAUUAGGGUUAUGCUAUAAAAUGAACCUGUUGUUGAAUCAAAUAUGAUGAUGGCUGUAAAAUGAUGGGUUUGAAGUUCUAGAAUAGGGAAUGAGAUGUUGUUGCUAUUGCCGAGAGCAGAAGUUGAAAGUUAGGGUUUCUGUGGUGGAGCUACAGUAGGUGGUGAGAAAAGAGAUGUAGUGAUGGCUUGAGACAGUGAUGUUGAUUGCAGGUAUGGUGCUCUGCAAUUUUAAAUGGAGAAGGGAAGGUGAAUCUGGUGUUGUGUAUAGGAAGGAGCUGAUGAUUGAUUAGCAGUUCAGGUGCAACUGAAGAUAGAAUGCAUGGGAAGUUGGUGGUUGAUAUCUCAAGCUCGAGAACAAAGGAACCGAGCUGUACAAGGACAGGGAAUCAAGGAUGUUGAUGUCAUUAUUGGCAGUUGGUGUUGACAGUGAUGACACAAAGAGAGCUCGAACGGCAGUAUGUUGGCGACGAAGAGUAAUAUUGGCCGGAGAAUAUGAAGGAAGUGGUGCUGUUGAUGGUUGAUGAAAGCUCGAGCAAAGAAACAAGUUGAGACCCUGGGUGUUGCAGAACUGUCAUUGAUAAGAAUAAUGCAUGGGAGUCUCGUGAUGAUUGCUGGGUUCGAAUAGAAGCAUGGAUCUAAAUUGAUGGAAGAGAAUAUAUGGAGGAUCUCGAGUUAACUGUUGAACAGGGAAUGACGGAGAUGAGUGAUGAGAAUCAGUAGAGCUGGUAAGCCGAGAGGUUGCUGCUCAUAUAUUAAUGGUGAUGUCAGGCGAGAAGGUUGAAACUGUGAUGGAAAACUUUGUCGAGAGAGGAGUUUCAACUGAUGAUGCUUUGAGAUCGAACUGCUGGUUGGCUGUGAUUACUCGGUGAUCAGUAAGGCAGGAAUGAAGGUUGUUGUUGACGAGCAAUGAUGCAGUGGUGGUUGCUGUGACAUGAGAUGAUGAUCGGCACUGUUGCUGGCAGUAAUGAAUAUGGAAUUGAGCUGCAUUGCUGCCUGGAGGACAUGGUUUAGCAGCUGGAGUUGGUAAAGGAGAUGCAGGGGUUUGUUGCUGCUGGAAUUGAAAUUGCAGGUUGAGAUGGCUUGUUUGAGUUGCAGGUGCAUUCGUAGUUGUUGCAGGAAAUGGAUAGUAUGAGCUGAAGUUACAGCUGGAGUUGUAGAUGGUUCGCAAGCAGAAGCUACAGAUUUGUGAAUGUAUGCAUUGCAGUAAUGACUAGAACAUGAAGUUGAAAUGGUGCAUCUGGUUAUGGAGAUGAAGCAGGAGGAAUUGCAGGCAUGGAGAAAGAUGUUCACGAUGGUUGGUGGUUGGGAUUGAGAUCGAGAGUAAAUAACAUGGGAGGCCAUUAGUUGAUGGCAGUGAUCAUGAGAAGUUGAUGGAACUCGAGAAGCAAGAGGUGACUGUUGUCCUUGGCAGUAACAAUGACAGUUGGUUUAAUGAUCACGAUGGAGUUGAUGAAGACAGGGUAUUGUUAGAGGAGAUCGAGCUUGGAGUAAUUGCAGAGAAUAGUAGUAUCAGAGAUAGGGGAACAAUGUAGGCUGAGCUGCUGCGAAUGAUACAAGGAGAUGAAGACUGGUAUGUCCGCGAGAAAACUAAAGGGUAGCUGAAAAUUAUGCUUGUCAGUCUUCCAAAACUAACAAGCCAAGUGAAGCUGAGAAGAUGUGUUUGUGCUGGACUUUAACAGGUUUGUGCGUGAGCCCAUUAGCUGGGGUUGAUCUUUUUUGCACGACCAGCUGUGGACGUGAUUUUUGGGUUUUGUUUUGGCAACCAUUCGACACAGGUUUUGGUACGAGGUUUUGAUGGGGAGAGUUUACUGUUACCUUAGAGGAUGUGGCGGCUUUGUUGCAUCUCCCAAUCACAGGUAAUCUUCCUGAAGGUCUUUCAACUGAAGAGACAUCAAUUUAUAAUAUCUUGACAACGGAAAUGGAGCGGAUCAACAAGGCAUCUGGCAAAUAUUGUUAUGCUUACUGGUUAACGCGUUGGUGGCCAAGAGAUGAAGUUCUUGACCGUCUUUUUGACGGUACGUUGUCUAUUGCUACUUUCUUAUGCUUAUGGCUGUCCAGAGAUGUGUUCGAAGACAGUGGAACUUUGUUGAAACCAUUUGUGGUUCCCUUUGCUAUCAAGAUAUCUCAAGUGUAUCAAAUGGCUUCAUGAAGAUCGAGUGUUAUGCCAAUACGAUAUUUCUCCAAUCUUUGUUAUGGGAAAAUUUUUAAGAACUAUGCUCAUAUUCCACGUACUAUCCUGCCAGAACCGAGUGCUGAUGCCCGUCACGUCUUCUCUGAAAAAGAUAAUGCCAGGAUUAUGCGUUGGUCUACAAAGCAGCCUCGGUUCAAGAAACGUCUCAUUGAUGUUUUAGACGAUGAAUCCGAGUUCAAUUUUCGCCCAUGGGUGUCAAUUCCUUCUUGUAUUUCCCAGCCGACAACCUUCAAUACUGGAGGAAGUAGAGUUGUAUCAUCUGGUGCAGGCCUGAGUAACGACGAGAGAUCUUUCAUGCCGAGUUGCACUCCUGGUCACUUGAUAUCUGCAACAUAUGGAGAGAUUUCAGUGGAGGAAUAUAAAAUUUACAGGGAAGAUCGGCAAAUGGGUAUGGAUCAGUGUGUUCCGACUUUUCGAAGGAGAAAGCCAUUGGUUGAGCAACUUAGGACCCAUUUGGACCGCACACAUGUGGAAGGAAGCGCUUACUGGUUUCCUUUCUCCGAUAGGAUUACUUAUGUAACUCCAGGUUAUGUAGACUUCUGGGAUCAACAGCUUGAACGUCUACAUAAUUUUACAACGACUGGUCAACCUCCGGUGAAAAAUGCUCCUUCUGCUGAGAUGCUUUCCACUCGACCAAGAUUGAAGUAUCUUUCUGGUGAUAAACGAAAAACAUCCCCAGGAUAUUCACAGGACGGUCGUAAUGUAAGACCUCGAAUUCGUGUAGAAUUCUCAGAAACUGAGGCAAUUAUUCAUGGCGGAGAUGGCAGGAGCAAGAAUUAUAAGCUCUUACCUAACACCAUAAAAUCUCCAAUUGCUUCUUUGAACUUUGCGCCAUCAAGUAUUGACGGUCUUCGAUUCUUUGCUGCUGGGCAGACGAUUUCUGACUCAAGUGUUGAAAGAGAGGCCGAAGAGGAUGUCGCCGUAGAAGUGGAGAGCACUGGUGAUGUUUGUUUGGAGGAUAGAAACAAGGAAAACCCCCAUAACUCGAAACCGAAUGAAAGUAAUGGUGUUGUUGACGUUGAUACAAGCAAUUCUGGUUCUUUGAACACUCCAGAGCCCACCCAAGUGCUAAAUACCAAGGUUGAGGAUACUGAAACCAAUAAGGAUAAUUCAAGCAGCCCUGUAAUUAUUGAUGAAGAGACAACCGUCCCUGCACUUCAAGGCCAUGAGAGAGUUUUCACUGAAGUCAUGGAAACUUCAAUUGUUUCCACUCCAGUAAUAGAAAAACAUGAGCCACAAACAGAGGAGACUGAAGAAACUGUUGCCAUGACCGUAGAAGUUGCUCCAAUAAUUGAGAACCGCGUAGUGGUGCAUGAAUAUCCAAGUGCAGGGGUUUCUUUUGAUCCUUCAUUUGAUGCAUCACUCCCAUAUCAUGAACUAGUUGGUGGAUUCAGCGUUCCCAUUGGAUAUGCAGGCUUGUAUGAGAAAAUAUGGAAGAAGUUUGGUCACAUCAUUGUUAACAGGGAUCCCGAACGCGCUUAUGAUUUAACAAUGCAAGUAACGUCAUCUUGCAAGUUGUUAGUGAUAUAUGUGCCAGGGCCAGAAAUACUGUGACUCCAGAUGUACUCUUUGAGUGGGAGUUCAACUUGGAGAAUUCUAAAAGACUUGGCUUUAACGUGAAGUGGCUUCGUAAGAAAAUUAAUGCUAUUAAGGACUCAUUUGAGAAUAACAUACCCUUUCCAAAUAAUGUUAUGAUGGAGAAGGAGGAAAAGAUUGCUAAGCUGAAUGAGGCGCUGAACCUGGAGUAGGCGGUUUUGCAAAUCUUGAAGGAUGCAGAGGAGCAAAAGUCUUUCUUUGCUGACUUUCUUUGAUUUCUUUUCAUAAUAUAUUGAACUUAUGAGAGAUGUGAGGUU